UUUAAAUCAGUUCGUGUUGUUUUAUUCUCAACCAAGCAUUUGGACAGAAAUGAUCUAGCGCUGAUGGCUACAAAUACCUGCGGCUGCACCUUAUCAGUCCUUCACACGCUGAUGCGUGUUGAGCAGUUCGGCACCGGAACAUUGGAUCUUCCGAAGUCGCUGGAGCUUCUGGAAGAUGCAGAGCUGCGAUGCCGCGUAUUACUCAAUUGCGCCACCUGUCGAACACGCCGGUUCUCCUUGUCUAGCGUUACCGUCGUCUGUAUCACCAUAGUCGACUGGGUACGCAAGGAGUGGUUCCCUGAUGACUUGAUCAAUGGCUGCACAGACCACAUUGUCUCUCUUGGGCCCUACGAACUCGAUCCUGCAGAUACUGAGAUUCUGAGUCGUGAAUUGAUGAGCUUGCAGUUAUCACAUUUCUCUGAUGUUGUGGAUCUGCUUCAAAGCGCUCUUUCAAACAUGAAGUCCAUACCCACAGAACGUUGCUUUAGCCUUGUCUUUGCUCAACUUCGGCAGCUUCAAGAGCUGGCUCGGCGCAAUAGCCUUCUUUCCGUUCCUGCGAUGUCCGGUGUUGCAACAUCAGACUUCAUCUAAAUGUGUCCGAGACUUAGCUCAAUCCCGUAUAGCAUACUAUGCCUUAUCUCCGAAUUACGUAUGGCAGUAUCUUAGGUCUGAAGUGUAGCAGAGUAAAUACUUAAGGAAGGGUUCAACAAAACCUUUGGCGCUUGAGAAAAUUUUCUCAAA